AUGAGUGCACAUAAAAACUCUUUUGAUUUGGAUGUCGAAUCAUUUAUUCCAAAGUCAAAGUCACCCCUUGACAUAGAACAGUACAAUGAUUUGGUUAAGUCAUUACCUCUCAGUACUCCACAAGAAUACCUUGAUCAAAUUAAAUAUGCUUAUCCAUGUGAUAGAGAGGCUAUGGUAGACCUUGUAAGAGAGAUUAUGCAAAAUAAAUAUGAAACUGAUUUUGGUGAAGAUGAUACAGGUUCAUUUUCAGAUGAUGAUUUUGAUUUUAUCUCAGACGAUGAUUUAAAGGAAUAUGAAAAUUAUUUAGAACACGUCCGAUUAUCUGAUGAAUUAAGAGAUUUACAAAAAACUAUUAAUGAACAAAAUCCUGAAGACUCGUUAGUGUCAUCAAUUAAAGCAAAAGAAUUAGCUAAUGAAUAUAAUAAACUUAAUGUAUUUACUCAUGAAGAAUUUAAAAAUAAAGUACCACAUGACUUUAGUAAAAAAGGUGUUGAUUAUGAAAUUAAUGAUCAAAUAGUAAUGGCUAUAGGAAAAAUUAUUCCACCAGAACAAUUAACGUUAGACAGACUAGUAGAUUAUUUAGAUACUUUUCAUAUUUUUGGUAUUGUAAGUGAAGACCUUAGAUAA